GCCUAAGGAGCCACUCCCAGUGUGUGUGUGUGUGUGUGUAUAAAGGAUCUGGGAUCCUCUCUGGGUGUUUCCAGUCAGCACAGAUAGCUGAAGAGAGAACUUCACCAGUCCAGUCUCCCUUAAAGUUAGAGCUCGACCUGUCGGUCACCAUGGGGGUAAAAGGCUUAUUUUCACUCCUGGAGGACAACAGAAGGAUCUCCCCGGACAUCUACUUCAGGGACAGGAAGCUGGUGGUGGAUGGAAACAACCUGAUCUACCACCUCUACUACUCGUCCAACCUGGACCAGAACCACGGCGGGGAGUACCUGGCCUUCCAGGCGGAGGUCAAGGCUUUCUUCAAGACUCUGGCCGACUGUGGAAUCAAACCGUACGUGGUGAUGGAGGGAGGCUCGAGCACCAGCGACAUCAGACUGGAAACCCUCAAAAUCCGGGCCAGAGAGAAGGUCCAGAAGACCCAUGACGCCGCUUUGACGGGCAGAAAGGUAAACAUCCUCCCCACCCUCACCAAGUACGUGUUCAGACAGACGCUGAACGACCUGAAUGUACCGCUGGUCAAGUGCUUCAAAGAGGCAGACGGCCGGCUGGCUGCCCUGGCCAGAGAGUGGUGCUGCCCGGUGCUGUCCGCAGACAGCGACUUCUACAUCUACGACCUUCCAGAGGGGGUUCUACCACUGGAUCACUUCAAGUGGCGCACAGCGGAGACACAUCGCGGCAUCCCCUGCAGGCGAUACUCGAUGUCCAGCUUCUGCACCUUCUUCAACAUCGACCCCCAGCUGCUGCCCGUCUUCGCCUCGCUGGCCGGGAACGAAUACAUCAACCUCAGAGAGGUUAAUUGGGCCAGAUACCUUCCAGCGGGAAGACCUACAAUGAACUUCAGACCCGCUACCCUGCUGGGCCUCCUGAGUUGGCUGAGAGCCAGGACAGACCGGACGACAGAAGACACCCUGACAGCAGUGAUGGCACUCAUACCCGACAUGAGUCAACAGGCGCAGACGGAGGCGCGGACGAUGCUGAGGAAGUCCAUGCUGGAGUACCGGCUCCCCAGCUCCCCUCUGCGGGGGUUCUUCAGCGAGGGGACCGUUCCGCCGCUGCCCGCUGAGUUGUUGCACUGCGUCCCCGACUGGGUCCGCACGCAAGUGGCCAGAGGAGAGCUGAACGGGGACGUGUUGGGCCUUCUUGUGUACAGGCGGAACAAACUGCGAACCCAGGUGGAGCACAGCGACCUACGGAGCUCCAACCUCACCUCGAAGCACAUCCGGCAGGUGAUGUACGGGCUGCUGCUGGGCCAGAGGGGGGGUGAGGUGGAGGAGGUGGACCGGGACGGUCUGGAGCUCGCCAGUUUCCAGGUGCGACCGCUGGUCCAAGGAGCCGCUCAGACGCUGAGGCUGGACUCUCUGCCCCAGGCAGACCCCGCUGUGAGGCUGCAGGUGUGUCUGGAGACGCUGGGCGUGGAGGAAGAGACGCUGGAGGGAGUUCCGGCUCACCUGCGCCUCCCAGUGGCUGUGACCUGCUACUGGCUGAGGAGGGCCAGCCCUGAGCCGACGCUCCUCAAAGCUCUGCUGAUGGUCAUGGUCCAAGGAGAACUGAACCGACGGACAGGAGGGACAACAGGCUGGCAGGGAUAUACCAAACACCUCUCUAAGCCUCUGGAUGGUGUCGUGGCUCACAGCCUCAACCAAUGGCAGGCCUGCCUGAAUGACUACUCCAAGCUCAACCUACUGCUCUGCAAGCCCCUCCCGGAACCCCACUUCACCUGGUUGUACCAGGGCAGGCUGGUGCACCGGCGGCAGAAGCAGCUCCAGGAGAGGGAGCCGGAGGUGGAAAAUGCCAACUUCAUCAGUCUGUACACGAGGCUCCUGGGAGCAGUGACCCAGCCAGACCCCGGGGCCAACAGGAGAGCUGGGGGGCCUGAGGCCCAGCUGAGGGCCAGAAUGGAGCACCUUCACCUCAACAACCAGGAGGAGGAGGAGUAGGAGGAGGAGGAGGAGGAGGAGGAGGAGGAGCUGGGCGGGGCUGCAGGCCUGGAUCAGGGCUCGGAUGGUUCUAGGGUGGAGGUUAAAAGCAGGAGGAGGAAGCAGUAGAGGGAGGGGUGGGAGUGAGCAGGGGGGGGCUGAUGGGGCACAGUGUUGGGGUAAGCGUUACAGUCAUAUAUUAUAUUAAGCAGCAACAGAUAUAAAACCUGUUCCUCAUAUCAUUUUGGUAUUGCAUCUUCAAUAAGAAACUAAAAAGUAAGAAAAAGGAGAGUUGAGAACGGUAUAAAAUUAGAAUAAGAUGUUGCAUCCCAAUAUUAAGAUUGUGGGCUUUUUCUAAGCUCGAAACAUGAGUUGUGUUUUGGGCUUGGUUAAAAUAAUUGAUUUUCUGAUUACUAUCGAUCUUAAUUUGAUCUGCUGAUCGAUCUUUCAAUACAACAUACACAUAUAUAUACUGUUCAGACAUAUAUACAUAUAUAUACAUACAUAUAUAUGUAUGUAUACAUAUAUAUAUAUAUGCGCAUAUAUAUGAAUAUACAUAUAUAUACAUAUACCACACAUAUAUAUAUAUAUAUAUACAUACUAUUUUUACUAUUCAUUUAUUUACUGCAAUUCAUGAUAUAAAUCAAUAAACUCAGAACAUGUCA